CGCGCCGCGCGCUGUACGGCAGGCGGGACGUGGGGUACAAGAUGGCGGCGCCCGGAGGCGGCAUGGAAGCCCCGGAGGAGGCUGAGGGUUUGGUUUUGGGGCGGCUGGAGGAGGAGGCGCUGAAGCGGCGGGAGCGGCUGAAGGCUCUGAGGCAGCGAACGCUCCAGAACAAGGAGAGCGGAGAACCCGAAUCCAAAAUUCCCCGAGAGGAUGAGGAAGAGGAGCCGGUCAAGCACAGGGAGAUCAAGCUGCGGAAUUACGAUCCCGAGGAUGAGGAGCUGAAGAAGAGGAAGCUGCCCCCGGGCAAACCGGCCUCAGUGGAGGAGACGGUGAAGGAGCAGCUGGAAGCGGCCAAGCCGGAGCCCAUCAUCGAUGAGGUGGAUUUGGCAAACUUGGCUCCCAGGAAACCCGACUGGGAUUUGAAGAGGGAUGUGUCCAAGAAGCUGGAAAAGCUGGAGAAGAGGACCCAGAGAGCCAUCGCGGAGCUGAUCCGAGAGCGCUUGAAAGGGCAGGAGGAGGAGCUGGCGUCGGCAGUGGGAUCGGCCAAGCAGGAGGGAAGCGACUCCGACUGAGGAGAAUCCGUCAGGAACGGGCUCUGGAUCUGCCCCGCCCCGACCCCGCGUCCCUCCCAGUCUGGGACUGCUCAUCCCUUUUCCCAAAAUUCCCGAUGCUGCCGUGCCUGGAGGAGAGGCAGAUCCAAGGAGCCUGGCUGGCUGCUGAGGAACUUCCGUGGAAAAACUUUCUGGGAUCACAGGGGGGUUGAUGGGAGCAGGACAGACCCCCCAGUUAGCCGGAACUUCCUUGGAGCAAGGAAAAGUGGGAAAGCUCCGGGUUGGGGCCGGAAAGGUCAAUCCAGACUUGCUGGGAAAGGGCAGUGCCAACAGCCCCUGGAAAAGCAGGAUCAUUUCCCAGGGAAUGGUGCUCCUGCUCCUGUGCAGACUCCUUGAGGCUCUGAGUAUUUGGGAAUAUCCAUGGCCAGCCCUGGAAUUCCUGUGGGAAUGUGGCUUGGGAAUUGUUGGCUGCUCUGCACCUGGCCGAGUUUCACGUGGGAUUUGCUUUGCUCCCGGAAUUUCCCAACCCUCCAGGAGCGUGCCCUGCUCCUCCUCUUGGGGGUUUUUGUUGUUAAUGGAUGUUUUCCUAAUAAAACAAUUCCAUGUGGAAAAAGUU